CGUCAUAAUGGUCGGGUCCUGAUUUUCCAGGUGUCAUACAACCUGGCCUUGUUGCCACCUUACUGCUGAUACAUAAUCCGUCCAAACAAGGCAACAGACUCUUUGGAUACAAGUGGAUUUCUGCUUUGAUGAAACUGCUGUUUUUUAAAGGUGUAGCCUUUAGGAUGUGCUGAUUGAAUUAGUUUUGUUUCUCUUGCAAAUUGUGAUAUAGACUUCAUGGGAAUUACAAUGGGUAUGUGCGGCUCCAAGGAGGAUAAUCCCAAGAAUAGGACAUUCCAUCUUCAGACGUGUCUGGAACACGAAGGUGGAAUCAACUGCAUGGCCCUCUCCGAGGACGGAUCAGUCCUGGCCACGGGGAGCGAAGACCGCACCGCGCGGCUCUGGAGCACGAAGACGGAACGCUGCGAAUGCAUUGGGAUCCUAACCGGGCACGAAGACUACAUAAACUGCAUCCUAAUCGAGGAGAAUUUCGUUGUAACGGGCUCCGCGGACAAAUCCCUCCGAAAAUGGGACAUGUCGUCAUGUGAAUGCGUCCUGAUAUUCCGCGGACACAACUCCCUCCUAAAUCGAAUUAUAUGUAACGGGGAUUUCAUCUUCAGCAGUAGCUACGACAGGACUGCCCGCUGCUGGGACUUUGAAUCUGGGGAGUGUAUAAGGGUCUUCAACGGUCACAAGCGUGGCGUCUACCCGCUAGUAUUCAUACCAGGGGAGGACGACGUGCGCGAAGACAGUUUGGAGUUGGACGCAUCUCGAGACGUCCUGAUCACGGGUUCGGCAGAUUUCACGGCCAAGUCCUGGUCCUUUGAGACGGGGAAGUGCUUAGUGACGUAUAGGGGCCACACGGGGUCUGUGACCUGUAUGGCCACGGACCCGGCGGGCAAGGUACUUUUUACGGGCUCCUGUGAUGGGACGGUCCGCAGUUGGGAUAUAUCAGACGGGGAAGAACUAAAGGUAUUCGAGGGUCAUCAAAAUGCUGUGAUUUGUAUGCAGGUUGUGAAUAAAAUUAUGUACACAGGGAGCUCAGACCACACUGGCCGGUCCUGGGUGACGGAGUUCGGUGAUUGCACUAGGAUAUACCGGGGACACAAACACACCGUCAGUACUAUCAGAUUCCACGACGGUUUUAUUUUCACAGGCUGUGGUGAUGCAUUUGCCCGCUGUUUUGACGCUAAGUCCGGAGCUGUCAAGCGCACUUUCAAAGGCCACGAUUCCGCCAUCAAUUGCAUUCAGAUUGUGGAAGAAAGGUUGUUUACCGGCUCCCACGAUUGUUCUCUCCGAGUUUGGGAUAUGUCUGGUAUCAAGGACGACUCCAUCGGUCUUGUUGAGCGAGAGAGGGAGAAGGAAAAGGACAAGGAGAAAAUCAAGGAAAUCGAAAUGCUGAGCGGGAUGCCGCAGGUCGAUGGAAAUCAAAAUGGCUUACAAAAUGGCGUUCAAAAUGGCGUUCAAAAUAGCGUACAAAACGGCGUGCAAAAUGGCGAUGCAAAGAUUAUGAUUGACGAUCCUUUUUGUAGUGUUAAGAGUAAUGGAGACACUGAGCACAUGAUCGCACAGGAACCACAUGAUCAGACAAGAAUCGACCGAGAGUUUAUUGACAUGGUGUAACGCGCAUGCGUAGAUGGGCUUGAACUGUAGAGGCACUUCGGAAUGUUCGGUGCCAAGUGCAUCCGAAAAUGUGUUAUGUAGUGCAUUUGAUCAAUAAUGGCUUCAAAUCUCCAUACCAGUGGUCAUUCUGUAAGAACCAAAAUUACUUCUGUCUGACGUCGUCAUCAUUAUCCAUCAAAACAUGAAGUCUUACCAAAAUAUCACCCUGUGAUUGAUUCAGUCCCCAGCAGUGCAGGGCAAGCAGGCAGGACGGCAUCUGAUUGGUCGAUACAGCAUAAGAUUUCCCAAAAUUGCUUGAAGAAAGUGGUGAUUGCAUAACUUGGUGCAAUGGUCAAGGACAUAAAUAAGAUAAGCUCCGUCCAGCGAUAGACAAAAAUUUUGAUUAUUUUCUGAAAUUCUUGAUAUUGAUGUGCAAACCGCACGCGCUGUGUAUUCAAUCUAGAGAUGCCCUUCGAUAACUUGAAUAUGUGAUAAUGAAGCAUUACUCUUUGUAAAUACAAAUGUACAAAAUACAAAUAUGUAAGUAACAUGUGCCAGGAAGCAUUCUUAUUUUAUUAAUGUUACUAUCAAUUGUUUGCAGCAACUCUGUACAUUUAUGUAGAUGGUUAUUGAUGUAUAGGAACUACUUUCCAAUCACAUUGCACCAGCACCGAUUGAGGCAAAUCUAUGAAAUAAGGUGGGGCCAUUUGAUAUUGUGAGUCGACCUUUCUUCAUCCAAUACUCCAAGAAACAAAUGUUUGUGAGCAUCUGAAAAACAUUUUAGUGUUUUUCCGCCAAGACAAAUAUGUGCACCCCUUGAAGAUUUUUCAGCGAUAUGAAAAGCCUAAAGGUUUAUUUUCAGCCUCUCAGAAAUCAUCAGGAGUCUUUCAUUGUAUUGAAAAAAACUCGAUGGGGUGCAUGCAUAUUUGUACUGAUCGAAAAACCUUUUUUUAAGGCAAAAGUUCAGAAAAUGUUAUAUUUAAGAUUGUAUACAAAUCAAUGUGCAAUUUCCUCGGGAUAGAUCAGCUACCGUAUUGUAUCAGCACCUCAUGCGUCAAGAUGGCCUUACCUGAUAAUGUGGCAAGAGGAUGGAUUUCACAGGCCAACACUGAGACAGACACACAGUAUGGUGUUAGGGAAAAGGAUAGAGACUCGGUACCGCCAACUGGGAGGCAAUAAAGCUGACAUCAUAUGUCAACAUUAUGUCACUAAAGGGUGAUGUGAAUCAUGAACAAUCUCAAUUAUAAGCUAGUACAUGUGAUAGCUGUAUGUACAUGUAUCUAUAUAAAUAAACUAUUGCUCUUAAAUGUCUUUCUACACUGUAGUAUUAGUAAUUUUGAGCAAGAACAAAUAUUGAAAAAGAACAAGCUGCCAGAGAGUUUUUAUAGUUAAUUGUUAUUUAUUAUUGUUAACUUGGCCUCAAAUGCCUAAUGACGAAGUAGAAUAUUUAAAACAUCAAUGUGCCAGCUUCCUUCUUCAAUUGUUGUUUUUGCAUUACUAUCAACAUGAUAAAUGGGAGUUAUAACCAAUUUCUUGCAUGCAUGCGUACACGUAUGUUCUUCUUAGACUUGUACAAAGGUUUGUAAUGGAGACCAUGAUUACUGGGAAGGUGUGACAAAAUGAUCCAACUGUCCAACUUAUAUGUUGUAAAUAUGUAAAUUGAUUGAAUAACCACACCGCUGUCUGGUAAAGAUAGUGCCAAUGCCUUAAGAGAAUAACACACCUUAACGUGAAUUUUCAAUAGAUUUAGCCUAAAACAUAAAGAUAUGGAGGCCCUGUCUUGUCACCUGACACCAAACUAAACAACGACAAAUGAUUGGUGGGCAACAUUUUUAAUUACAUAAUAAAUUAAUUUAAUCUUUGGGGAAUUUCACCAAAAAGGGUUGGGUUAAAGGUUGACUUACUUUUCUCCUAGAACACACCAUGAUUUUGUUUUUUUAUUCACAGAAGCACCGCCAAAUUGUGUUUUGUGUUUGCGUAUAACCAGUGAAUCCAACAAAUAUAUGCAUACAUGUACACAAUGCACUUUUACACGGCAAUCAGGUUUGCAGAAGUGAGAGUUGUGUUUUGAUCUUUCUGAUCUCAUUUCAAAAUACCAGAAAGAAAAUACUGUAUGUACAUUUUAAAGAUAUUUAGUAGGAAAUAUCGCUGGACAUCAUUAUGCGCCACUGUAUAGAAGAGUAUUUAUCAAUUUUGUAGAUUAGUGUAUGUAUAAACAUCAGAGACACAUCAAUGUACAUUGUAUAUAUCACAUUAUCUUGUACACAUGAAAAAUGUAGUAGAUUUGUGUCUGCCAUCUCUAGAAUUCGCCGAAGCAAACUGCAGUUUGAUUGGACCUCUUGCCCCACGUGAGCAUUUUGCACCUUUGCGAUAUCAGGCUAACCAAAAAACACUGUCGGAUCAUUUUGGUCCCAUGGAUCUGGCUCAUGGAUCAAAAUAUUGUCUUGAAAUUUACGAUAUAUCCGUCCCUGAUAGAUGGAAUCACGCUACACCUGUAAGUGUACGAAUUACUGCGCAAGAGUUCAACUUCUCAAAAAAUCAGUUCUUGAGAUUUUCAGAUGGAGAGAUGAUCUUUAUUUUUGAUUCAACUCUAAAAAACAUACUUUUCAACAACUGGUGAUUGUAAGUAACUAGUAAUUACUAAGCCUUUUUGUUAAGGACUAUACUUAUUCAGUGACGUUAUAAUCAGUGUGUACAUCACAUGUGUAGAGUAGGCCUAUCAACUGUAACACAAAUAGCCAACAUAGAAAACAUAUCUCUCGUCGUCAGAACUGAACUAACGUUCUUACAUGUUCGAAAAAAUAAUAAAAUUUAUUAAUUUAUUUACACUGGUAUUAUGUUUGGAGAUACCAAGAGUUCGAGUGGGUUAACAAUGUUUUUAAUUGACUUUGCCAAAUAUGAUUCAUAAUGUAUGUUUAGUGUCCUCUCAGUGAAAUCUAACUUCGCGCACAAAUUGCCUAUACAUCGGAUUAGUACAGUAAUGAUGGCCUACAUUGGGUACAAAAAAUCUGCAGGGGCUACUAGCUGCAGACUAGGUCCGAAAUUUAUAGUCCACGGUGAACCUGUAAGCGUCUUUCAAAUGCAAUUUUCUCAAAAUGGUCAGAAUAUCAUUUCGGAAACUGUUCUGAUGUUGUGAUAUCCUUCCGAAGUUCCGAAAGCCAUUUCUAAAUCAACACUGCGCAUGUGCAAGAUGUUGGUCAUAAUAAUGGGUCAUCUCAAAAUUGCUUGAUUCCGUAACAGACCAUUUUUGGUCGAUUCCUACCACAAUUUGUUUUUCAAACUUCUGGCAUCACUCAGAAAAGUUAAUGCAACGUAUCAUUGUUCUUUCGUCAUUGGAGAGGUGGGAGAAUCAGAGAGGAUAUCAUCUGUUAAAGCAUCAAGCUAGUUUGAGUGAUUCCUUAGGUCUCUGUCAACGAUAGCAAAUAACUGUGAUACAAGCAUUUUGUCGCCGAAUGACUUUAGACACAUUGGGUGAUAUGAAUAAAAAUUAGCUAGUGCUUUUACUUCGAAUUUGUACAGAAAGGCCUAGUGUAAAUGUACAUGGAAUUGUAGAUAAAAAGCAUUUGCUAGUCUUUAUUCAUAUCACCCCAUAGUCACGUCACGAUUCAAUUGGUACUUAUUAUAUGUUGUCGCUGCGGAAGUGAAAGUCCCGAUUGUGGGCCGCAAAAUCUGUGCCGCCCUAAAACUCAUACGCAAAUGAAGAAAAAUAUGCCGUCUUUAGCUCCUGUUUAUAGUUGAAACGGAAUUCCGCGGACUGCUUUUACGGGAGGUUGUUGCGGGAUACCUUCGCGGUGAAUCAUGCGGAAAGUAAUUUGCCGGCCUUCUAUAUCUUCGUCAACCGUGCACGUCAUCUACUCGGAGACGAGUGAUCAGAAUCGUGUAGUACAUGUACGUCAUGUACAUGCCAGUGUACACAAGCAAGAUAAACAUACAAGAUGUGGUACUUCUAGCGGUUUUUUUCAGCGUUUAUCGGUGUAACAGGAAUCAUUAUCCCCCAGGCAUAUUGUUCCACUUUUAUUGUUAAGCAUAUUGAUAACUGAAAUACAUGUAAAUUAUUUAAAAUAUCUUUAAGCAGAAGAUUUGUAAAGGGGCGGUGUUCCUUUUAUAUCGAAAAAUACUGUUGAGAAUAUAAGAUGAGAAAAUAAUAUUAUGUGUCUUACUAUAUCAUGAGGGAACACCAGGCCUACCUUUUCUGGGAUAAAGCUGUAGGGAGUGAAACACAAUUGGUGUUAAACACACACGUAUUGUACUAACAGUGAAGCAGACCUGGCCUGACAUGCUGAAGUGAUAGACGUAAACCGUUGUCUCCACAGGGGUAGUCUGGGGCCAUCCUUUGGUCUCCACAGACGCACACUGGGAAAUAUUUAGGCCUUGCUGUGAGGGAGUAAGACGAAAGAGAACAGGCUUGGUGUUUUCAUUACUCUGCUGCUGAUGCACAUUUCGUUAGAUCUCGAUCUCUUGUUUUUUGAUAUACCUUUGAUAAUACCACUGAUAACAGGAUAACUCGGUAGUUUUCACUGUGUGGGCCCAAGUUGACCUCACCAAAAACUUGUGAUAUUGUUGUAAUCUAUCAUAUUCAUCGUCUUUUCACUCGAAGCACGAGUCGAGGAUUGUAUAAAGCUGUACAAAACCAUUUAUAUGACUGUCCUUAGAGUGCAGAAGACAGUACGUAGACUAACUGGCAAAGAGAGAAAGUUGUUGACCUCAGCCUUUUUAGAGGAGAACUGUCCAGGGUUACUUUACCUGAUGAACAUGUACCAUGUAUUUCAACGCUUAAUUGUACACUAAGACUGUAUAACGCACUUUGAAUCCUGUAUCAAAUAAAUCGGGUUGAUUAACUAAACUGUUUGGUUUAUUACCUGCAUCUUCUGCGAUGACUUUCAAGCUGGUGUAAAACCAGGAGAAUCUCGGUAAGAUUUGGCGAGAUAUCGCACAUUUUUCUACGUGUAAGUGGGCAUGAUCAGCCACAAUUCACAUUUUGUUAAUACGCUUACUGUAUUAAUAGAAGAGAGGGUGGCUCAACUCUCCCUGUGGCCCAGCACUCCCAAGCUUUCCCUACGCGUUCGGCCACGUGUCGGCUCGGCUAGAACUAGAUAUCGCCGUCGAAAGCCAGUCUAGCUACG